GCCCGCGUCUCCGCCCGCGGACACGAUGCCGCGCGGGACGCCCCCCCGGAAGACCGUCUACCGCAUCUCCGUGACCAUGGUCAGGAAGGACCAGCUGGCCGCGCCGGGCCCCGGCGGCCCCGACCCGCGCCCCGCUCGGAGGCCCCGGCCCGCGCGCUCCCCGGACGCGCCCGGGAGGCUGGUGGAGGAGGCCGAGGAGGAGGCGGCGGCGGCGGCGGCGGCGGCGGGCGCUGAGGACCCCGAGGAACGCCGGCCGCGCGCCUGGGACUUCCGCACCUUCCGCACCCGCAGCACCGGGCAGCUGGAGCUCGGGCGGCUCCGGCCUUGCGCACGCGGCCCCGAGCCCGCGGACCUGGCCGGCAGCCCCCCGGCCGCGGAGGAGGGGCCCGGCUCGCCCGCGCCCGGCAGCCCCGACGUGGAGGGGGUCCGAGCCGCGCCCCUGCGGCGGAGCCUCAGCUUCAGGCACUGGAGCGGGCCCGAGGCGCCGCGGAGUCGGGCGCUGGGCCGCGGGAGGCGCCACAGCAGCUCCGGGAGCCUGGCUUGGGCGCCGGGCGGCGAGGCCGCGGCCGACCCCGGGGCCGCCCUGGAGCCCGCGGGGGCCCCCGCGCCGCCGGCCUCGGAGAAGCGCAACACCCUGGACGUGGGCGAGGUGCUCAGCAAGAACGACGCGCUCUCGGACCUGGAGCGCUGGGAGCGCAGCAAGAGCAAGAACCGCACGCUGGACAACAGCGACCUGCAGCGGCUGGAGCGCGCGCGGGCGGCGGCCGCGGGCCCUGGCGGCGCCUCGGAGCACCGGCUGCUGCGCUUCUUCAGCGGCAUCUUCGCGCGCAGGGAUGGCGGCGCGCCCGGCGGUCCCUCUCCCCGGAGCGGCGCCUCGCGGUCCCGCGGCUACUUCAGCCUGCGCCGGGCCCCAGCCGACGCGCACUCGUCCAGCGCCGAGAGCAUCGACGGGUCCCCGCGCAGAGAUGCCUUUGUGAAUAGCCAGGAAUGGACAUUGAGUCGAUCUGUCCCGGAGCUCAAAGUGGGAAUCGUGGGUAACCUGGCCAGCGGAAAGUCGGCCCUGGUGCACCGGUAUCUGACCGGCACGUACGUCCAGGAGGAGUCUCCCGAAGGUGGCAGAUUCAAGAAAGAAAUCGUCGUUGACGGACAGAGCUAUCUGCUGCUGAUUAGAGAUGAAGGGGGCCCCCCAGAGGCACAGUUCGCCAUGUGGGUGGACGCUGUUAUAUUUGUCUUCAGCUUAGAGGAUGAGAUCAGCUUCCAGACUGUUUACCACUACUACAGUCGGAUGGCCACCUACCGGAACACGAGCGAGAUCCCUCUGGUUCUGGUGGGGACCCAGGACGCCAUAAGUUCCACGAACCCGCGGGUCAUCGACGACGCCAGGGCGCGGAAGCUGUCCAGCGACCUGAAGAGGUGCACGUACUACGAGACGUGCGCCACGUACGGGCUGAACGUGGAGCGCGUCUUCCAGGACGUUGCCCAGAAGAUUGUGGCCACAAGGAAGAAGCAGCAGUUGUCCAUAGGGCCCUGCAAGUCGCUGCCCAACUCCCCAAGCCACUCGUCUGUCUGUUCCGCACAGGUGUCCGCCGUGCACAUAAGCCAGACGAGUAACGGAGGCGGGAGCUUAAGCGACUAUUCCUCCUCCGUCCCGUCGACGCCGAGCACCAGCCAGAAGGAGCUUCGAAUCGACGUCCCUCCCACGGCCAACACACCCACACCCGUCCGGAAGCAGUCCAAACGCCGGUCCAACCUUUUCACCUCUCGGAAAGGGAGUGACCCAGACAAAGAGAAGAAAGGCCUGGAGGGCCGAGCAGACAGCAUCGGGAGCGGUCGAGCCAUCCCAAUUAAACAGGGCAUGCUGCUGAAGCGAAGCGGCAAAUCUUUGAACAAGGAGUGGAAGAAGAAAUACGUCACCCUGUGUGACAACGGCGUGCUGACCUAUCACCCAAGUUUACAUGAUUACAUGCAGAAUGUUCAUGGUAAAGAGAUUGAUCUUCUGAGAACCACUGUGAAAGUCCCAGGGAAGAGGCCACCCCGAGCCACGUCGGCCUGUGCGCCCAUCUCCAGCCCUAAAACCAAUGGCCUGUCCAAGGACAUGAGCAGUUUACACAUCUCCCCAAAUUCAGGGAAUGUCACUAGUGCGUCUGGGUCUCAGAUGGCAAGCGGCAUCAGCCUGGGCUCCUUCAGCAGCCGGCCGGACAGCAUGCAGCAACGCUCCUACUCUGUCUCCAGUGCCGACCAGUGGAGUGAGGCUACGGUCAUUGCAAACUCGGCCAUCAGCAGUGACACGGGGCUGGGCGACUCCGUGUGCUCCAGCCCAAGUAUCUCCAGCACCACCAGCCCCAAGCUCGACCCGCCCCCCUCCCCUCACGCCAACAGAAAGAAGCACCGAAGGAAGAAAAGUACCAGCAACUUCAAAGCCGAUGGUCUCUCCAGCACUGCUGAAGAACAAGAAGAAAACUUUGAGUUUAUCAUCGUGUCCCUCACUGGCCAGACGUGGCACUUUGAAGCCACCACUUAUGAAGAGCGAGAUGCGUGGGUCCAGGCCAUCGAGAGCCAGAUCCUAGCCAGCUUACAGUCCUGUGAGAGCAGCAAGAAUAAGUCCCGACUGACGAGCCAGAGUGAGGCCAUGGCCUUGCAGUCGAUACGAAACAUCCGAGGGAACUCCCACUGUGUGGACUGCGAGACCCAGAACCCUAACUGGGCCAGUUUGAACCUGGGAGCCCUCAUGUGCAUCGAGUGCUCGGGGAUCCACCGGAACCUAGGCACCCACCUUUCUCGAGUCCGGUCUCUGGACCUCGACGACUGGCCCAUCGAGCUCAUCAAGGUGAUGUCAUCCAUCGGGAAUGAGUUGGCCAACAGCGUCUGGGAGGAGAGCAGCCAGGGGCGGACGAAGCCCUCGCUGGACUCCACAAGGGAAGAGAAGGAGCGGUGGAUCCGGGCCAAGUACGAACAGAAGCUCUUCCUGGCCCCGCUGCCCUGCACGGAGCUGUCCCUGGGCCAGCACCUGCUGCGGGCCACCGCCGACGAGGACCUGCGGGCCGUCAUCCUGCUGCUGGCGCACGGCUCCCGGGACGAGGUGAACGAGACGUGUGGAGAGGGGGACGGCCGCACCGCGCUGCACCUGGCAUGCCGGAAGGGGAACGUGGUCCUGGCGCAGCUCCUGAUCUGGUACGGGGUGGACGUCAUGGCCCGCGACGCCCACGGGAACACGGCGCUGGCCUACGCCCGGCAGGCGUCCAGCCAGGAGUGCAUCGACGUCCUGCUGCAGUACGGCUGUCCGGACGAGCGCUUCGUGCUCAUGGCCACCCCCAACCUGUCCAGGAAGAACAAUAAUCGCAACAACAGCAGCGGGCGGGUGCCCACCAUCAUCUGAGGACCGCCGGGCCCCCGCAGCCUCGCGCCCCCACCCAGAAGUCACGACACGUGAGUCGCGUCGCGUCCCCACUCCUCCUGGCGGUCAGCCGCCCACCCGCCCUCACCCCGCGCGCAAUCACAAAAGCCUGACCGUCCUCGCGGGGGCGCAGCGGAGGCCGCGAGGCUGCAGGACCGACUCCUUUUCCCCCCUGAACUCCCCCCCCACCGCGACGAGCAGGGGCUGCCCGGGGGCGGGGGGGCCUUGGUUUCUUGAUAGCACACCGCGAGGUCCCCCGGCCCGGCGGCCUGUGGACACAGAGCACGGCACAAGGGACGGGGAUGAGAGGGGGAGGGGAGGCGAGGAGCAAGGAGAAGGGUAACUCUCCUUAACUGGCAGUUAAGCACAUCAGUACAUUUCACCUCUACCAAACGGAACACUCGGAUUUCAUCUCUUCUCCGAGGAGCUUGACGGCAUAAAUCAGAAGCAGGCAGAGUUUGUCAGGUUUGAAGCCCCUAUGAUGGUAUGUGUCAAAUCAGUUGUAGCUAAUCUGUCCGGGGAGAAUACUGGCUUCAUUACACUUGUAUAGUAGAGUUCUUCCAGCAUUACCGCUGUUUAAUAGAACAUGAUUAGUCAUCACCGAGAAAAAAGCAUAUUAGCCGAGGAGGUAGUUACACAGCACGCUCCGAUGCUUGCCACGAUGUGAUUGUAAUACUUCUUAGAAGCAUCAUAUCAUCUCAGACAUGUUCUUUCGAGCCCUUGGAGCCCUUCUUUCUAAAUUCACUGUCAUAAUUUAGUAUCUGUUUAAUUUUUCAGUCCAAAGAGAGGAAAUCAGUUGCUGAGUAUUAUUUGACUGCCGUCGCUCUCCUUGGUGCAAAAACAAAAUGGAAAAAAUAAAUAAGGGUAACUCGGAAAUUCAAAAGGAAAUCACGGAUCCAAGCUAAUAAUAACACUUCGAAUACAUGCAGUAAAGUAACCGAAGGCAUAAAAGGCUAUUUUUUUUUUUUUUUUUUUUUUUUUUUUUUUUUUUUUUUUUUUGCCCCAAACGGCAGAGAUAUUUUACUUUCUUUUGCCAAGGUAGAGGUCUUGGGUCCUCAGUCACUCCUGGGCCACGCCGGAGUGUCACCCAGGCUUCUGUGUUAUGUCUUUAGAUAAGAUUGUGAAAAUCUAUUUGAAUAAAAGGAGUUCAUAAAUAUGCAUUGAUUUUUGUACAGACAAAUGUCACCUCCGUUAAUUUAUAAACUGAACUAGAUGUGAACUAAUAAUGUGCAACUAGUUGAGAUGAGAGGGUUACAGAUCAUUGUACAUGGAAAACACUCCCAGCAGCAAACACUUCCAUUAAUGUGAUAGACAGCUUUGAAAAAGGAACACAUCGGAAGAUGGUAGUACAAUUUGCUUAUUAAAAUCGAGAAAGGGGGAAAAAAAAAAAAAACCAGACACUGAAGCAUUUUAGAGAAGAGGAAGGCGGCAUGUGAUUUCUCAUCAUUUCGAUCUGAUGGCACUUCUGCCGACCCAGAGGAGGGGCCGUGGCAAAGCAGGGGGCGACUGUGCGAAUCCCAGACCCACGUGCUCUGCACGGGCAGGUCACGACCGGCCGCCCACGGCUCUGCGGCACCUGCCGGCCGGCGAGAAUCGCUAAGGCUUAACUUGGCGGCCAGGCCCUCCGUUGGGGUUAUCAGCACGUCCCCUGGUCUGCCGUCACUGUGUGCCAUCGGGGCUGCUCUCAGAUGUUAGCCACCUUCAACGUGGCCAGGUUGUGACACCCUGGGUUAAAAAGGAAAGGGGCGGCUUUGCCUGGAGCGCUUUAGCAGUAUAUGGGAGGAGAGGGUCGUCCAAUGGGAAGGCGCCUCUGGGCUGCUGUAGCACAGAAACCAAGGCCACGCCAGGCCAGUGCCCCCCUCCCCCCCCUCCCCGGGGAAGUCCCCUGCUCUCAUAUAUGAAACCUUCUAUUUUGUAAGAGUUGUCCCUCUUCUUUCACUUUAAAAAAAAAAAAAACACAAUUCAAGUAGGUGGGGACAAAAUAAAGCUUUACACAGAAUUUAUAUGUGGGUCAGUGUUUCAUGGACAUUUGCAACCUUGCUUCCUCUGCGUGGAGCCCAGCGGGCUCCGGGAAUGGAAGGUUCAGAAGGCUGAGAGCCCUGACCACAGGUCCCUGAUCCUCCCCCUGGUUUUUAAUUCUGUGUUUCAUCACUGUGCAGUUAUUUUAAAUGUGAAUGGGGGGAAAAAAUGUCACUGCCUAUUUUUGAAGAACUCAUUACUGUUCUAUUCCACCUGGACACGUUCUCCUCCUCACAGCCUUUAGCAUAGACUUCACGUAGUGAACGCAGAUAUAGUAUAAAUGAAAUUCUUAAAUUAUUUCAUUGUAGUUAAUUCCCACUAUAGGAACGCCCUAUCAUAUAGCGAAGCCUCGUUUUGAAAAGAAACAGAAUUCCUUGUAAGGCUUCUCUUUGAGAUGUAUAUGAGUGUGUACAUAUUAUUAUAUGUGUUUAUAAUAUAAUAUUUUCCCAAACGACUCCUUUUUUCACUUAGCCUUUCUCGACCUGAAUGCUAGACCGGUUUUCCCCCCACCCUCCCACCCCACCCCUUCCCUCUCUCCGGCACGGGGACUUCAUUGAUUCCUCCUCAGAAAACCUGACCCUUCUUCUGCUAUUUUUAGCCAUGCUUCGGGAGGCGGCCUGCUUUCCUGAGCCCGAGUUUUGGCAACAGAGGAAAGGCAGUGGUGGUUUUCGAGGGUUUUCCUCUAAAAUAAAGUGACUGAUGGCUAAUCUGUUUAUGUUUCAGUGUCAGACCAGAAGGGCUUUCUUCACCAACAAUGCUGCCAUUCCCAUCUUAGAGCCUUACUUAACACCAAGGCCCGGAAGCCAAAACCCAGGGCUAGUGUUAGAAAUAACCAAUUUGGGAAGGGGGUCGAGUUGUGUUCGUUGGUUCUCGUGGAAGUUCUGCGAAGUGACCGUGAGGACACCAGUGCAUAGUCCAGCCUCUUCUGUUCAGAAGUAAAACUUCCCUUACCGAGAAACCACGUGCUGGGGAAGACACACACACGCACGCGGUCACGGGUUAGGGUAGCUUCACGAUCUGGCUGGAUUCCUUCUGUGCCCCAGAAACCCUGCAGAGAAAGGAGCCUUGAUUCUGACCCCGUGAGAGCAGAUCUCCGGUACUGGGCGGAAAGGUGGCUCGCCAAGCCCAGAGCCCCAGUCAUGGGGCCCCGGCCCCCGCCCGUCUCCUGUCAUCCUAGGAGAGGAGCGGCUCCAGGGUGAGCGGGUGACAGAUUCCCGAGUCUGUGGCCCCAUGAACAGGUGCAGUUGUGGGUCUCCCAGUGAACGCACACCGCGCGUAAUUAUCCCGGGAGGCAGGGGAUGCUCGCUGAUCACGCGGCGGUCGGGUGCUCUCGUUGGCUUACUCUUGACCAGGAUCCUGAAAGGAGCCCAUUCUCUGCCCGUGAGCCCAGGCAGCGGCCCUUCCAGCACCACUGCCUUCUGAAGCUUUGUCUAGCCUGAUGGGGUCGCCUUGGACCCAGCCUCUGCCGUCGGGCCUAGCGACCAUUCUUUGCAGUUUUGUAACACCUGCACGCAUUCAGGGUCAUUCUCUACAUCCUCAAAGCAGCGGCCACUAACUUAUAGGGGAGAGCGUGGUCCAGUGAGAAAGACAGCCCUGGCUCUCCUGUCCCUCCUGUGUGGCCUUGGGCAGAGGCCCCCAGCUUUGGGGAUCUUUUUCCUCAUCUGUGAAACCGGGGUGGCCUUGCGGGAUCUGAUGACCAGUCGGUUGCCAACCAAUGUGAUAAAAGCCAGCCAGACACCCAGCCAGAGGCUGGAUGCUCAGGAAAUGGGAUUGUUCAUUUAGAACAGAAAUGCCGAGAGCAGAAAGCCAGAACCCAGGCCUGGAGAGCUGCCCCCAGGCUGGCGGUGCGUCCCCCAGCCAGGGCCCUAGGGAGUCGGUGACGGCCCCCCCUUCCCGUCUGAGCCUCUGGGCCUCCCCUCUGCAGGGCCAGUCAGUGCCCUUCCCCACCCCUGUGUGCUGGGAGCAGUGUCAGAGGAGGGGCCUCGCUGGAGCGGCCGUCCCUUUCAGGGCUGGCAUCAGGCUCGGCUUGUCUAGUCCCUGCACUUGGGGAACACAUCUUCCCCGUCAAGGGUGGCCACUGGGUCCUACCCGGCCCCCAGCCCGAGCUGUGCUCGAGGAUGACCUGGGUCACCGCGGCUCCAGCUGUGCCCACCCUUCCUCCUCGCAUUUAGAAUGUUCCGGAAAUAAGAAGAAGUCCACAUUCCCGCCUAGGGAGGUUCAGAAGCCUUGCAACAAUAUAGAGCCUCUAAGAGUAAGUAUGGUCAGGCCUCAAAAACUUCUCAAAAGGCAAAGAUAAUUGGAAAGCAAAUCCAUUACCCCUCGAUGGGCCCUUCUCCCCUCCCCCCUCUACGCUAUUUCCAUCCCUCAUGCGCCCCACAAGGUCGGCCUGACUUUCUAGAACUCCCCUGGAUUGUAUUUAUGUCCUUCAAGCAAACAAAUUGAAAAGCAGUCAGGAAGGAAUUCGAAUAGAAAUGUGCUGAAGAAUCACAUCUUUCUUUCCCGGGAAAUAUAAUUUAUUUCUCACUGGCCUCCUCAAAUGGGGGUUUCACACCUUGUGACGUCCUGUCUUCAAGUGAUUCUCACCCCCAUCCUUCACCAAAAAGCUAAAUAAGGGCCUUUGGCAUCCAGACUUGGAUUUUUCACUUCGGGCCAUUAUCGACACGUUUCCUGUUUGAAUUCCCAAGUGGCUUUCUUCUGGAAGCCCUGUGGUCAGUGAGCCCUUGGUGUGGGCCCCCGCCCGCUCCGUGCCCUACACCCUGAUGGCUCUGUCAUCGUUCAGGCAUCGAAAUCAGGUUGCCUUUCAGUCAGAAUAUUCAAAAUUGAAUAUUCAAAAUAUCCAACUCCAGUUACGCAGAGGAGAGAAGGUGGGGGGCAGGUUAGAUGGAAACAGACUUUUAUUUCCGUCAUUGCCGGGAAGUUGUCCCUGGAACCCAGAAUGGCCAGGCCCCUCGCGAGGAGAGAGAAACAGUGCCACUCAGGGUCAGCACGCCCCCACUGACCCCUCAGCUCUCCCUUCGUGAGGAAGAAAGGACAGGUAACAGCUUAGAAUUCAUAUUUCAAAAACACCCUUGGAGGAGAAGGGCUGUCCUUACAUAGAUUUUUUUUUAAACAAUAUUAACGGACUUCCUGUUUAAUUUUGGAUGUCUGCUGCUUUUUAAACAAACAUUGACACUUCUUUCCAGUUCCGGUUUUUCAGUUUGGGCCAGAGUGGCAAUUAGAGGAUGAACUCAUCAGCCAUCAGCACGGGAUUCUGCAAAACCAGAGAGUCUGUUUUUUAGUCUGUGAUCUUCAAAACGCCCAAGUUCUAGAAGGAGUUUGGUUUCACCAGUGUAGGAAGCACCGUCCCAAAGCAAUGAGUCAGGACCACAGAUUUGAAAACUGCUCUCACCGCGUUUCACUAAUGAGGCCCUCGUUUUGUUCUCAUGUGACGGCAUUUGGUUCUGGGGCUUGCACCCGGUUGGUAAAAAUGCCCUUCUCCGAGGCCUUCCCGUCCAAAGGGCCUGCGGUGCCCGGGGUACGUGCAGGGCAAGCCACCUUGGUCAGUGUGCGAGAGGUCAGCUCAGGGCUUGUGUUUUAUUUUGGCCUGGUGUGUGUGGCUUCUGUAGAGAAGGUCCUCCGAGGGUCACGUUGGAGCUGUAUGCUAGAGACUCGCCUGUCAAAGUCGAGUUAGGUCCCCUCUAGAAUAUUCCCUGGCGGCAGGGAUAUCCUGUCUUCUGUUUUGAGACGCGGGUAAAAGAAAGGAACCACACAGAUGUGAGAGCUUUGGGGAAUCUUCCAAAUGGAACAGCCCGGUGUUGGGAGCGCUUGCCCCUAAAUCAGAGUCUGCCCUGACCUCCCCGUACCUCCCCAGAUGGUGUCAACACUGGCCUGGGAAGCUAAUAUCUGAGCUGGCCCAAACUCAUGUGAAGAAGUUGGGGCCCGACCCCAGAAGCCCACACAGUUAGGGAUUCCUCGUGUAAGAUGGCCAGUGUCCGGGCUUGAUGAAGGACAUCCUGGGGCUUUCCAGCUCUGGCCUAGCACCUGGAUGUUGAAAGCCUGAGUGGGCAGCCCAGCCGAUGUCCCCUGCACCCUGCUCUGCACCUGACAUGCCGCUGAGUGGCCUGGGGGACAUGUGCAUCCUGCCCGGGCCCUUGGAGGGUCAGGGGACAGUGGGGACCAAGGGUGCAUGGGCCAGAGCCGGGAGUUAGCUCACUGACCACUCUCAGGAACACAUCACGCCUUCCAGCCCCACCCCCGGGCGCCCAGGCAGAUCUGAGAGAGGACUGGGCUGUCACACGGCUCAUGGGCAGCAGAUAUGCUUAGAAACUGCUUUGCGGCCGUUCGCACAUCUCGAGGUUAGAAAUCCCGUCUUCUCCAACCCUUGAAAAGAUCGCGGUUCCCCUCCUGCAGCUGUGCUUUUGUCUAAAAUCUGUCGAAUUCUUGAGGUGGCACCCCUGCCCCGGUCUGAGCACCCGCGUGCUGGGGAGGAUGCUGCGUGCCCUUGACCAAGGGUGCUCCGCAAAGCCUUGGGAGGCCUGGGCCGGCUGCCCCGGGAAGGGCUGGAGGGGUGGGCCACGCCAGCCACGGGCACGGCCACGUGGGUUCCAGGAGAGCGUCCUGCCCCAGACGGCCCCCUCCUCUCCUGCCCAUGACCUCGAAUGGGGUUCUCGUGUGGCCACGGGUGUGUUUCUGAACGGGAGCCUGGGCGGGUCAACGGUGGCAGCCAAAAGGCAUUUCUAGGAGGGAACAGGGAAGGCCGGGUCCCUGCCCACCUCCCACCACGUCUUGCUUCUGUAAAUAGCAAUGUACAGAAGACGGAAGAGCGGCCCAGGGUUUAUCCAGAGACGGCUUUGGUUUCUUUGGGGUUUUUUUUCCUUUUUUUGGUUGUUUUUAUAUUACCUCAUUCAGCAAGUUUGUUUCACGAGGACUCAAUGACGCUUUAUUUAUAUUGUUUGUACUGUAAUUAAAACCAUUGACAGACAUUUCACUUUGCUUGUUAUUUCUUAUGAUUUUGUUUUGAUUAAAUAUGCCAGUUUGUAUUUUCCUGCAUUGGGAUUUUUUUGUGUCGGCUGUACAGUAUUCUAAGGGGGAAAAAAAAGAAAGAGAAAAAUGUGUAAAGUAAUGGAGAGAGGUGGCUAUAGUGUAGAGGCCUCUUUCUAAUAAAGAAAUGAAAAUAUGUCUACACUGCUUUCCGUGGA